GCAAUCUUCGCCGAGUUAGAAUUGACGCCGGUUGUUUGCGUCCCGUUCCGACCUUUUUCCACUCUCGAGGAAGCCGCGCUUUUCGAAUUCGCGCGCCGCCGUCGCUGCGGCGAACACUUCCGGCGCUCACCUGAAAUUUUCCUAAACGAUAAUCAAAUUCGAAAACACGUCGCGAUAAAUCAGGAAAAAUUACACGCGAUAAUCGAUUACACAAUUCUGCGCACAGUGUAUUACAGGCAAAGUUUUUACGUACUCGGUUAAUAUUGUGCUCGUUGUUGGUGCGCAGCGGUUCGCAUUAUUAUUAUUUUAUUAUCAUCGUCAUCAUUAUCAUUAUUAUUAUUAUACCUUGGCAGUAAUUCGUGUCGAAGGGAAAAGUUUUGGGAACAGGGAUUUUUUGAAGUGAAUAUUUAGUGCUUCGCGGGACGAGAAUUGUCCUCUAGCUUCUGUUCUCCGUCCAAAUAUUAACAACGGCUGAAAAAAGGAUCGAGGAUUUUCUGGCUGUGCCAGCUGCCAUGACUCGCCGGAUAUCUUAUAUCCAGACUGGCGAAAGACGCGGACGCGAAGAUCGAAACUGAGCUGCAGGAUUGCGGACAUCUUUUUAAACUUCGAGGAAACUAGAAGAGCACCGAAGGAAAACGAAUUGUGCAAAUGAAACGUAAACUGGCUCAGAGAAUUAAAUCUCUACGUUUCGCGAAGCGUAUGCGAAGAUUCCAUUUCCGGAGGCUGCAGCUAAUCAUCCGGUCCAAAUCUCUGCCCAAGGAUCAUCGACAGGUCUUCAUACAUUCCCGAAUUCAUCACGUGCUCCGUACGAGACGUGAAAACGGCGCAAGUCUGUUAAAACAGAGCAACGAGCCGGAGUUGUGCGAUCAUUUUUAUUCCACAUGAUCUGAAUAAUGGUGCGAAUGUAUUGCAAUUGAUAAUUGUUAAACAAUCAGUCAGUAGAAGAAGAAUUUUGCUGCCUCCGAGUUGUCGACUGGAUUAAAAAUCGUGGGAAUUAUCGGUCUGCAUUUUAUUUCUUUAAUCCUACGUCGUCAGGGUGAAAAGUUUCAAGUGUUUAACGCCGAAGAUGAAAAUUGAAAUUUCGAGUGUAUCAUUUUUGUACGAAUAAACACGCCGCUAGAAAGUGUGAAGAAGAACUUUGGUGCGCGUGUGGAAAAGUUACUUGCAUAAGGGUGGAAAUACUAAGGAGAGGAGGAGGAGGAGACGGAGGAAAUAGAAAGGCAUAUCUGCAAGGGUGCGAGAGGAAUCGUUUGCAGUGGAGGGCCUGGCUGCUUACUGGGGCGACGUUGUUCAUCAGCACCGCGUCAAUGCAAUAUUUAUGAACUACGGACUGCAUUCGGUCGCCGACAGGACGAGGAUGGUGUCCCACCUGAUUCCGGUUGCCGGGGAGCUGCAACAGGGCGGCGGGAAUUUGGGAGGCGCUGGUCUCAGCGCGAGUGUUCUGCACGGCCAGGAAUCCCCGCACUCUCUCAAGAUAAAGCAGGAACCCUUCCAGUUGUCUCCCACCUCGGCGCUUCCGCCGCUUCACCAAGUGAACAGUUUCGUGUCGGAUUUGGCAAGCGGUUGCAUGGGAAGUUCGGGCAAAGAGGUCGAUUCUUCGGGGUCGAGUUUGUCCCGUACGUUGCCGGGGCUUCAGAGCCACCACCACCACCACCACACCGGGAGUCACAAUCUGCACCACGGGCAUCACGUGCACCACCAUAACCACCACCAUCACACCAACAGCCAGCACAACCAUUCGAGCCCGACGUCGGGGGCGGUUGCGAUGCACUCGAGCCAUCAUCACCUCGACGAGAAGGGCUCUUCGCCCACCGGGGCCAUGCUCAGCUCGACGAACAGCAACGUAUCGACGCCCAGCGCGCCCUCGACCCCGACGACGGGAUCCGAAGCCUCCCUGACGGUCUCGGGGUCGAACGGAUCCGCCUCAGGUACCAGCACGAAGCCCCCCUUCAGCUACGUCGCCCUUAUCGCCAUGGCCAUUCAGCACAGCGCUCACAAACGCGCGACGCUCAGCGAGAUUUACGCCUACAUUACAGCCAAGUUUCCGUACUUUGAGAAAAACAAGAAGGGCUGGCAGAACUCCAUUCGGCACAAUCUGUCACUCAACGAGUGUUUCGUAAAGGUACCAAGGGAGGGCGGUGGCGAAAGGAAAGGAAACUAUUGGACCCUGGAUCCUCAGUACGAAGACAUGUUCGAGAACGGGAAUUACCGACGGCGACGAAGAAUGAAGCGACCCUACCGUAGCGCACCCUACCAUAAAACCCUUUUUGGCGAACCCUUCGCACCUACUCACGUUCACGUUGGAGAUGCAACGCGAAAUCUUUUCGCUCAUCCUCCCCCUUCGUAUCCACCAGCCUACACGCGUUACGAUCCAAGUGCUGCGUGGGGUCUGCAACAACCUCAGCUAUCGUAUUCCCCCUGCCAGGCGCUUCAGCCGCAACUGCAGCCAGUCCAAUCAAUGCAGAUAUCGACGAUGAACGGAUACAGCCAGCUUAGUUCCUCCCUGAAUAUCCUCGAAGGUAAUUACCUGGAUGUUCCAGGCGCCGGGACAAAUUCUCCAUCAUCCGUUGGAGGUGGUUCAUUCGGCAGUAGCUUCACCGCUUGCGUCAGGAGGCACGACACGGGGAUGACCUCCAACCCCAUGUCCACCAGAUAUCCUCCCUAUUGGCCGGAUGUAGUCUGUGUCAAGGAGGAGCCUGGCAGUACAACGGGGACGUCUAGCGGCGUCGGGACGGUCGGCGUCGGCGGAAGCAUGGUGGGAUCGUCGACGUCGUCGAGCGUCUCCUCCUCGGGAUUUACCGGGGUCGACUUCCCGUCCCGUCAAAAGUGUUUCAUGUGAACUUGUAGACCCCAACGUAACCACUAUACAUGUAAGUCAUAACGUAAGAAAUAGAUAUCACUAAUGCACAUGCACUUCGUCCGUAUUGUAAUAAGUUGUAGGAUAGUUAGUAUGGCCUGCAGAUGAGAAAAGGUCCUUUAAAUCAUGUCUGCCUGUGGCACUGCGUUUGCUCUUCCUGAAGUGCGCGUCUUCGCAUCCCUGAGUCGGUGCCCGGUGAGUCUACAUCAUUGAACAUUUAUCGGAAAAUUUGUGUUCUCAUUUCCUAUAAACGUAAUCAACAGAUCCGUUUCAUUCGAAGAAAAGUUUCUUGGUCAGUUUCGACACGGUUAGGUCCAAACGAAUUGUCUUCCAUCUAUACAUAAGUUCUACUAUUCCAAAGAACCAAGAGGCGUGACACCUAUGUUUUAUCAAAAGUAAAAAAGACUCGAGGGAUAAUUUCAAGUUUUUGGCCAAUCAGGUGUUGAGAAGAUGCGACUCGCCCGUGGUCAUCCUGUUACGUGUAAUGUGUGUAUAUUUAUUGUAUAUGAAUGUAUAAUAUUUGAGCAGUAGAAUGGGUUUGAUACUGAGGAUCGUCGGGUAUCAGUGUUGUUAUGGAGAAGGAAGGCUAAUUACCUAACAUCAAAUAAAAAUCAGUGAAUUUCACCUUGGCUGAUUUCAUAUCUCGUAUAUAUCCGACGUAUCCCGAAUAGAAAACUGUUAGAUUAACGAUAAGUUGGAGUAUAAAUGUAAAUUUAUAGAAUAUAAUACGUCAUUCACAUCGUAAUCGUUUCAAUCACACUGAGAUAUCGAUGUUGUUAUACGUGAUGUAACGUAAUAUCAAAGAUACUGCACAUGACGACGCAGCUGGAAUGAUCGUUAACGUUAAAUUAAGUUGAAAUCGUUAGUAUAUAAGGGUUAACAUUAGUAAAACCUAACACAAUCAUCUAUGUUAUCGUUAUAGACGCGUCCGUUAAACGCAUGCUAGGAAAUGUUUCUUGUCUUCAUUCAUCGUUUAAAUAGUUAUUAUUGUCUGCGUCAGAUGCAGUUACUUACAAACAUUCAACAUAACGAACAUAUAGAAAAAAAUUAAACAUUUUUCAUACGACAUGUAAUAUCGCAACCGCCAGCCAUUUAUAAAUUAGCGAUAAGGGUAUACAAUAAAGUUCAGAUUAUUUAUCGUGAA